AUGGACGCAACGCCAGAUUCCGCCAAACCGGUAGCCAUUAUUGGCAUGGGGUUUCGUCUUCCAGGUGGCAUCUCAACAGACGCCCAGUACUGGGAUCUCCUAAUAAACAAGAAGAACGGCAGAUGUAGGGUUCCGGCGACGCGGUACAAUGUUGACGGCUUCGGCGGCGGCAAAAUGCAGACCCAGUUCCUUGCCACAGAGUAUGGCUACUUUCUGCAGACGGAGCUUUCCAACAUUGACCCGUCCUUCUUCUCCAUGAAGCCGGCCGAUGCGACCGUGCUGGAUCCUCAAUUGAGGCUGCUGUUGGAAGUUGCCUGGGAGUGUAUGGAGAGCGCGGGCCAGACGCACAAGCUUGUUGGAUCCGACACUGGCGUCUUUGUCGGUGUUUUUGGGGAAGACUGGCACAAUAUGCUGCAUCGAGACGACUUAAUGCCCAACACACAUAGAGUUCUGAGUGCGGGCGAUUACGCGCUAUCCAACAUGCUGUCCCGUCACAUGACAAUACGAACGGCCUGUUCGUCUUCCCUUUCAGGACUUCACAUUGCUUGCCAGUCUCUCAACAGCGGCGACUGCUCGACGGCGAUGGUGUUGGGUUCGAGUCUCAUCAUGGACCCGUCCAUGACCUUGGACAUGUCGGCACUGGGUAUCCUUGCCCCGGAUGGUCGAUGCAAAACAUUCGAUACCCUCGCAGACGGCUUUGCGCGCGCAGAAGCAGUUAAUGCUAUACUAAUCAAGCCCCUAGAAGCGGCCAUCCGGGAUGGUGACCCGAUCCGCGCUGUUAUUCGCUCCACGGCCGUCAACUCGGACGGCAAAACACCGCAUGUGGGCACGCCCAGCACCGACGCUCAACGUUCUUUGAUAUUGCGAGCCUAUCAAUCGGCAGGUAACGACAACGGUCGACGGGCGGGUGACUCCGGCGCAGUGCGACCCCUACAGCCUGUACGUGCAGCUGUCGCGGUGCCGGUCGUUAGACGGCAUCAUGCUCAUCUCGAAGGUGCGGGACAGAGAUUUGGUGGGCAACCGAGUUCCACAGGAGAUGACGGCGGCACAGGGCAGACUGGAGGAAAUGAGCACAAGGACAGUGGAGGAGGCACAGCGGUGGCUUGGUGA